AUGGCGGCCGAUAUCGUCGCGCGAAAAUCGCUUAGUCAGAAGCAAAACUCUCCGAGGGUCAACAGGCUUCUCUGCCUGAGUCGGUCAGUUCCAGGAGACGAGACGCACGUGGAGGAUCUUCCGGGAGGCGGCCAAUCGAACCUUGAGCGUUACAUUGCCGGCCAAGCCACUUACCGAAAACUGAAAAUAAGGCGAGAAAAAGGCCCCAAAAGGAUGUCGGAGUCGGAGGCGGAAAGAGCCGGAGUCGGAGCCGGAGCGGGGGGCCCUGCUUCAGGCCAACUUCAGGCCAUAUUCCUUCGGACCAACCUAAUGCGCUGCUACUGCUGUCAGCCUGCGCGGCGAUUGGCUGGCUCGUUGUUCUAUCUCGUCCUGCUGCUGCUCCUCAUCACCAUGGCCAUCAUCAUCGUCGCUCAUGCUGUCUCCAUUCCCGUGCAGGACUACUUCCAGUGCUUCUUCUGCUGA